UUCGCUCGAGCAACGCCGGUUUGCGUGCCUGUUUUUAAAACUUUGAAAGUAGAGUGAGCAUUUGACUAUUGUUUCAUGGAGUAAUUCGUGUCCAAGAGGCACACUGACCCAGAUUUUGUCUUGCGCAGCGAACACAUAGAAGGAGCUACAGCCCAUGGUGUGCCAAAAUGGGGCCCGGCAUGCUGAUGGCAACACCAAGAACCAAGAGGCCCUCUGAUGGGCAGAGCACAGUGAGGUCAAAGCGCCAACGACACUCCAUUGGACCGGACGGAAAUGGCCAUGUGACCGUGGCAGUCCGCGUACGGCCCCUCAAUCAUCGGGAGCACGGUGUCAGGAGGGUAGUCCGUGCAGUGGACUCGCAGAUGCUCGUGUUUGACCCCGACGAGGAUGUUCCCAGCACGCCCCUGCGAAGGCACCCACAGCGCCAGAGCAAAAAUCUUGUUUUUGUCUUUGACAAGGUCUUCGAUGAAGAUGCCACCAACAGACAUGUUUUUGAAAACACGACACAACCAAUCCUGGACAAGCUCCUUGAAGGCUGCAACUGCUCCGUAUUUGCCUACGGAGCAACGGGCUCCGGAAAGACUUUCACCAUGCUGGGCUCUCCUGACUGUCACGGGGUCGUUCUUCACACGGUGUCGGACCUGUACGAGAGACUCGAGGCCCUGAAAGAAGAGAGGUCGUUCAAGGUCAUGGUCUCUUACUUUGAGGUCUACAAUGAAAAUGUCAAGGACCUCCUGAAGCCUGGCGGCGCUCCCCUCAUCCUGUUGGAAGACCCCGUGCGGGGUGUCCAAAUCUCGAAGCUUUCCGUACAUGCGCCGCAGAACGCCUCUCAACUGCUGGAGAUGUUGCACCAAGGCAACCUCAACAGGACGCAACAUCCAACAGAUGCCAAUGCAGAGUCUUCACGCUCGCACGCAGUCUUCCAGGUAUAUCUCACCCAAAGCGAGCACGUGACCGGAACAUCUUCCGGAGUGCGAUCUUCCAAGAUGAGCUUCAUUGACCUGGCGGGAUCGGAACGGGCCGCAACGGUGACCUCCACGGGCGUGCGGUUCCGGGAAGGGACCAACAUUAACCGGUCCCUCUUGGCACUUGGCAACUGUAUCAAUGCGCUGGCAGAUUACAAGCGUAAAGGACACGUGCCAUACCGAGACAGCAAGCUGACGAGGAUCUUGAAGGAUUCCUUGGGCGGUAAGUGCCAGACCGUGAUGAUAGCAGCCAUCAGCCCAUCGUCCUUCAACUACGAGGACACCUAUAACACCCUCAAGUACGCAGACCGCGCAAAGAACAUCAGACUCGAGGCAAAACGCAACAUGGUCAAUGUUGACCUUCAUGUUUCCAUGUAUGGAGCUGUUCUCGAAGAGUACAAGAAAAAGAACGAUGAGCUAUCUGUGAGACUGAAAACGUCACAAGCAACUGUCAAGGAGCUGCAGGAAGAAUUGUCGGGCCUCAAGAGGCAGCUCGUGCAGGCACCAGCCCCUGUAUCAGCUCCUGUACCCAUACCUGCACCUGUGCCAGACACAGUGUUGCCAGAUAUUGAGAGGCUCUACAAGAUACGCUCCAUGUUGGUGAAAGAGUUGUGCGAGUGCGAUGGCUCCUUGCGAUGUAUGGAACUAAAGACCCGGUUACGUGACAUGACCCUUCGGAAUUACUCCGCGUUGACAGCUGUUCCUAGUACCAACUGUGAAAAACCCGAGGUUUCGACAAUGUGUUCGGAGGCUAGAAAACACCAACUGACCGAGAAGAGGAAGCAGCUGCAGCAGAAGCUACGAGACAAUUUUGACUCCAUCGCGGGGCAGAUCGGAAUGGCUGGCGCUGUACACUCACAAGAGGCCAUCAACAGAGAGGUCAGGCAGUGCGACUUGGUCCUGGCAUUGGAAGAAAGCCAGCUCAGAGAAAGCACACUAAUGCAAGCCUGCCUCCUGCAAACGCAGCAGAUCUCUCAGUGGGAUCAGAUGCAUCAGGCUGUGCUGCCACACAUUAAGAAUCUCCACUUAUUAGCCGAGGGCCACAAGUACAUCACCAAUGACCUGCGGGCAGCGUAUCAGAAUAUUCUCAGCCUGGCCAAAAGUAGCGGUCACGUCAGUUGGGCGGACCAGCAGGAUGAAGAGGCGGCACGUUCUCAGUUGAAAGAGCUCUUGGAUAUUCCACGAUGGCACAGCCUGUCCACGGAACCUGUCAAUACUGCUGACAUUGAGCAGCCUCAAACUCCUGCGGCAGAGCGCACCACCUUCGCUGUUCGUCGAGUUGCAUCCCCUCACCCUCUCAGGAUUGGAGGUGCAGUGCACGGUGAAGACGGCAGAACACCAGUUCACGAUCAUCACAUUGGUGUUCCUACACCGAGGCAAGCAGCAGCGCUCACGCCGCUCAGACUCGACCAGACUUUCGAUGCCGCGCGGACACCGCAGUUCCAGCAGACGGCGCUGAGACCGUUCAACAGGGCGCUAGAUGAAACAUUCGUUGCCGCCGCAAUGCCUGGUAGUCCGGUGCUGAACACCCUGGACGCAACGUUCAUGGUGAAUGGCACCCCAAAGUACUCGGGCAUGCAGCGACACGUUAUUUCACAUCCUGUUGUAGUAGACAAGAGGCCGUACUUCGUCGCUCCGUCUAGGGGGCCCGUGUACAGAAACGUCAAAGAGAAUGUGCCGCAUCAAAUCAAUCGUGGAAGGGGGGGACGCCCACAGCAGCGAGGAGGGGUGUACCACCCCCGUAGACAGUGGAGACCCAUUUGGAGAAGCGGGAGCACACCCAACAUCGGGAUGUCGCCAUUUCAACAGCUGGGACCUCGCCCGUGUAGACCGGUCGGGCCCCACAACUACAGGGGUAGGGGAGGUUACUUUUAGUGACCGCAGUCUCCUUAUCAGCCUGCAGGGCAUCUCUGGGUUUGCUUAACCCCGGUCCCCCAUGACUGGAGGGGGUCGUGUGCAUUUUUCUAGGCUAUCGCGUGCGAGACAAGAUGUGCAUGUUUCAAUUACUGUGCUGAUGAAAGCUGAUGAGAGUGGCAAGUGGUCUUUUUAGCCUGCUUUUAUUUCAGUUCCUGCGCUGUGCAUAAUGAUAAAACUACCCCGCAUUUUUGUGCUUGUUCCUGCGCUGUGGUUUCUGGACCGCUUAGGGACAUAAUUCCUUUCCGUAAUUGUGCUGGGGGGCCGUCCUCUAUGAAAUUGUGACCUGGUCGAUGCAUCUACUAUUUUCCAAUUGGCACUUUGCAUAGUUCCUUUUUUGGGUUUUACCCCAAGUGAUGGUGAUGCAAAUCAGGGGUAAAAAUGGGUUUUACCCCAUUCAUAGUGCCAGGGGUCCCAGUCCAAUAGUCCUACUAUAGGACACACACCUUCUUGAGGCAUCCCUCACAUAUCAUAUGCCAAUGACAUGUGCACUACAGGAGAAGAUGCUGCUGUAUCUUUUUUUUUUUCCUUGGCGAUAAAGUUUUCCAUGGGUUUUUUGCCAGGUUAAACAUUAAAGCACCAAGUCUGAAACUGAAAAAAUAGAAACUGUGUGUAGUCAACCCUGUACCUAUGAACAGCCAGGAUUAUUCAUAAAUGGGGGGUGAAAUGCUGUUUUGUAUCCUAGACAAAAAGCCUCCAUUGCACGACAAACAUUGAACUGAAUGGCAAACAUGCCUACUGCAAAAUGUAUUAAUUGUUUCACGUUUCAUGUGCAACACUUUAGGGUUGCAGGAGUCCCAUAGUCCCGCUAUUGGACACAUACUUUUUGAAGCGCAUAUAUCUUUGCUCAAUGCCGUGCUGCUCGUCAGAGGACUGCUUUGUGUUAUUUGAUUUUUCCUUCGUGACAAAGUUCAGGAAGUUGGUCCAACUGGCACAUGCAUGAAGUACCACUAUCUGAUGAACAUGUAAUUUCAAUGAGUACUCCAAGAUGAUGGAGUUUUCUAACGCAUGUCUGUGUUACUGUACCAGUGUACUGCGUGACACCAUGCUUUUAACCUUUUACCGCACGGUGCGUUGGCAUAAUUGUUCUUUUCGUCCUGACAUGCCGCAUGCAUCAUGGAGUGCCAAGUGUACAAGUUCGAAGGCUGUGACUGGUGCUAAUAGGUCACAUGAUCUGUAUUGGACGUUGCCUGUACCAAGCUGGACUGGGUACGCCGCAGCGAUGUUGCAUCUGUGUACGUGUUGUGCAGUGUGGAGAUACUAAACAAAUAUUCAUACACA